UGGCUCUCCAGGCACUCAAGCGCAAGAAGCGCUAUGAGAAACAGCUGCAACAGAUUGAUGGAACCCUCAGUACGAUUGAAAUGCAGCGAGAGGCCCUUGAGUCAGCGAACACGAACACAAAUGUAUUGCAAACUAUGGGAGAAGCAGCUAAGGCCCUCAAAGCAGCACAUCAACACAUGGAUGUUGAUAAAGUUCAUGACAUGAUGGAUGACAUUGCUGAACAGCAAGAUCUGGCAAAAGAAAUCUCUGAGGCUAUUUCCAAUCCCGUUGCGUUUGGUGAUGAUGUGGAUGAGGAUGAUCUUUUGGCUGAGCUAGAGGAGCUCGAACAGGAGGCUCUAGACGAGAAGCUCCUGGAGACGGGUGGUGCCGUGACAGACGAACUCCCAGAUGUACCUACAGCCGUGCCAAGUCAGCCUGCCAAGCAGAAGAAACAGGAGGAGGAUGAUGAUAUGGCCGAGCUUGCUGCUUGGGCAUCUUAAAACUGGUUUAUUUCCUGUGGAAUUUGAACCUCUACUGUCCAGAAGAACCAUAAUGUUAAAUAAAGAGCAUUAUCCUACGUCAUCAACUCGAUAGUGGAACCAUGGUUAAACACAUCUGCAUAGAAGCCAGCCUUUUUUUACUCAUUUGCAGAUUGUAUGGUUAUCAAUAUACCCAGGAGCAACUGUCGUCGGUUAGUGUCGUCCAGCAGCAACUGGAGGGGUGCUAACCACAUCAGAUCUCCUCCGGGGUCCCAUGUGUCGUAACUUCACUGAAGAAUAUUGAGACCUUAACAAUAAGCUUUUCUAAUGUCUAGGUGCUUCUUUUUGGAGAUGUAGGAACAGUUGUUGAUUUUGAUUACUUAAUGGAAAAAGCUUGUGAUUUUUGGGUUUAGUACUUCAUUUUGAAAUCCUGUUUCAUGACAACAUCCCCUUUACUUAAAUCUUAGAUAAAUUUUGUAAGUGUACAGUAUAAUGCUAUAAAGAUUAAGUCUGGAAGAAUCUUUCAAAUUGAAGAUUAGUUAAGGAUUGUACAGUUUUAAGAAAGUACUUUAAUACAUAAAUGUUUCACUGUGACUCAAACUGUUUUGUGACUGUUAAAGCCAACUGAAUCAUCAAAGUGAUUUUUUUGUGGUGAGUAAAAUUAAGAUGAUGAAAUUGUCAAAUUGGUACUUGGCUGCAUUGAGCAAAUUCUCUCAUGUCCAUACGUAGUAGGAACAUGUGCCUUAUCAAAAUUGUGUGUAAAAUUCACAGUUGCCGCUGCACUCAUCACAAAAUGUCAAAAGCAGCGCAUGAAGGCCAGAGUAAUUGUUUCAAAAGGUUGUCCCCAACUGUGCGGGGCCUCGCAGUGCUGUGCUACGUCCUUUUGUUAUGAACAUAAACGUAACGCAACUUGUAAAUAUUACAAGACGGUUAUUACUUACAUUGGUAAGCUUGCAUUUCUUGUGUCUUUAUAGAUGAUGUAUAUGUAUUUUUGCCUUUGCCAUGCAACUGUGAGCUUUAUGCGGUGGUUCCAAUCGGUUAGCUUCUCUCUCUUUCUGAUGCUUUUUGUUGGGAGAUAAACCACACCUGUCUCCGGAAGUAUAUGUGAUUAUUUUCCCCCAUCCAUUAUAUAUGUAUUUUAUUCUUAGGAAUGUCAAAGUGUUUUAUUUUCAUAUUGGCUUAUGUAUGCUUUUAUGUCAGGCAACGAUCAAUUUACCGAGAGUGCUGACGUAAAUGAAUUCUCAUUUCACUUCCUCUCAAAGGUUAGUGGUAUGCGUGCCAGUAACUUUAGGGAAAAUUUUUGCUUGCAAUUUUCACACGUAAAACUUUGGUGAAACAAGAUUUUGAUUUUGAAUAGAUUAGUCAUUAUAUAGGUUUCGAUAUAUGUAUUUGAUAUAAUAGAAAAAAUGUUAUUUCUAUAAA